GCGCUGGUCCGGGACCCGGCGCUCAGAGCGCUUCGAGCCAGCGCGGCGGAGAGGUCGCAGCACGCAGCCCGCAGAGGUGCUGCGGCUCGGUCAGCCCCGGAGGCCCCGCGCGAAGAAGGCGGAGGAGGAGGAGAGGCGAUUGCCGCCUGCCGCCCGCGCCCCCUCUCCUCGCGGCGCCGCAUCUUGAAUGGAAACAUGGCGGUGCCGGCUCGGACCUGCGGCGCCUCUCGGCCCGGCCCGGCGCGGACCGCGCUCCGCUGGCCCGACCGCGGCUCGCGGCCCGGCCUCAGCGCCCGGCGGCCGGCGGCCCGGCCCCCGCGCCCGCUGUCGCUGCUACUGCCGCCGCUGCUGCUGCUCCCGCUGCUCGCUGCCCCCGGCGCCUCUGCCUACAGCUUUCCUCAGCAGCACACGAUGCAGCACUGGGCCCGGCGCCUGGAGCAGGAGAUCGAUGGUGUGAUGCGGAUCUUUGGGGGUGUGCAGCAGCUCCGUGAGAUCUACAAAGACAACAGGAAUCUGUUUGAGGUGCAGGAGAAUGAGCCUCAGAAGUUGGUGGAGAAGGUGGCGGGGGACAUCGAGAGCCUGCUGGACAGGAAGGUGCAGGCCCUGAAGAGAUUGGCUGAUGCUGCAGAGAACUUCCAGAAAGCCCACCGCUGGCAGGACAACAUCAAGGAGGAAGACAUCGUGUACUAUGACGCCAAGGCCGACGCUGAGCUGGACGACCCUGAGAGUGAGGAUGUGGAAAGGGGGUCCAAGGCCAGCACCCUACGGCUGGACUUCGUUGAGGACUCAAACUUCAAGAACAAGGUCAACUAUUCAUACACGGCUGUGCAGAUCCCCACGGACAUCUACAAAGGCUCCACCGUCAUCCUCAAUGAGCUCAACUGGACGGAGGCCCUGGAGAACGUGUUCAUCGAGAACCGCAGGCAGGACCCCACGCUCCUGUGGCAGGUCUUCGGCAGUGCCACGGGAGUCACUCGCUACUAUCCAGCCACCCCAUGGCGAGCCCCCAAGAAAAUCGACCUGUACGAUGUCCGAAGGAGACCCUGGUAUAUCCAGGGGGCCUCAUCGCCCAAGGACAUGGUCAUCAUCGUGGAUGUGAGUGGCAGCGUGAGCGGGUUGACCCUGAAGCUGAUGAAGACAUCUGUCUGUGAGAUGCUGGACACGCUCUCCGAUGAUGACUAUGUGAACGUGGCCUCGUUCAACGAAAAGGCACAGCCUGUGUCAUGCUUCACACACCUGGUUCAGGCCAACGUGCGUAACAAGAAGGUGUUCAAGGAAGCUGUGCAGGGCAUGGUGGCCAAGGGCACCACAGGCUACAAGGCCGGCUUUGAGUAUGCCUUCGAUCAGCUGCAGAAUUCCAACAUCACUCGUGCCAACUGCAAUAAGAUGAUCAUGAUGUUCACGGACGGCGGUGAGGACCGCGUACAGGACGUCUUUGAGAAGUACAAUUGGCCCAACCGGACGGUGCGCGUGUUCACUUUCUCCGUGGGGCAGCACAACUACGACGUCACGCCCCUGCAGUGGAUGGCCUGCACCAACAAAGGUUACUAUUUUGAGAUCCCUUCCAUCGGUGCCAUUCGCAUCAACACGCAGGAAUAUCUAGAUGUAUUGGGCAGGCCCAUGGUGCUGGCGGGCAAGGAGGCCAAGCAGGUUCAAUGGACCAACGUAUACGAGGACGCACUGGGGCUGGGGUUGGUGGUGACAGGGACCCUCCCUGUUUUCAACCUGACGCAGGAUGGCCCUGGUGAAAAGAAGAACCAGCUGAUCCUGGGAGUGAUGGGCAUCGACGUGGCUCUGAAUGACAUCAAGAGGCUGACUCCCAACUACACGCUUGGAGCCAACGGCUACGUGUUUGCCAUUGACCUGAAUGGCUACGUGUUGCUGCACCCCAACCUCAAGCCCCAGACCACCAACUUCCGGGAGCCUGUGACCCUGGACUUCCUGGAUGCAGAGCUGGAGGAUGAGAACAAGGAGGAGAUCCGUCGGAGCAUGAUCGAUGGCAACAAGGGCCACAAACAGAUCAGAACACUGGUCAAGUCCUUGGAUGAGAGGUACAUAGACGAGGUGAUGCGGAACUACACCUGGGUGCCUAUAAGGAGCACCAACUACAGCCUAGGGCUAGUGCUACCGCCCUACAGCACCUUCUACCUCCAAGCCAACCUCAGUGACCAGAUCCUGCAGGUCAAGUAUUUUGAGUUCCUGCUCCCCAGCAGCUUUGAGUCUGAAGGACAUGUUUUCAUUGCUCCCAGAGAGUAUUGCAAGGAACUGAAUGCCUCAGACAACAACACCGAGUUCCUGAAGAACUUCAUUGAGCUCAUGGAGAAAGUGACUCCAGACUCCAAGCAGUGCAACAACUUCCUUCUGCACAACCUGAUCUUGGACACGGGCAUCACACAGCAGCUGGUGGAGCGCGUGUGGCGGGACCAGGAUCUCAACACGUACAGCCUUCUGGCCGUGUUCGCCGCCACCGAUGGCGGCAUCACUCGCAUAUUCCCCAACAAGGCAGCUGAGGACUGGACAGAGACCCCUGAGCCCUUCAGUGCCAGCUUCUACCGCCGCAGCCUGGAUAACCAUGGCUAUGUCUUCAAGCCCCCACAACAGGAUGCCCGGUUAAGGCCGCUGGAGCUGGAGAAUGACACGGUGGGCAUCCUCGUCAGCACGGCUGUGGAGCUCAGCCUAGGUGGACGCACACUGAGGCCAGCAGUGGUAGGCGUUAAGCUGGACCUAGAGGCCUGGGCUGAGAAGUUCAAGGUGCUAGCCAGCAACCGUACCCACCAGGACCAGCCUCAGAAGCAGUGCGGCCCCAACAGCCACUGUGAGAUGGACUGCGAGGUUAACAACGAGGACCUGCUCUGUGUCCUCAUUGAUGAUGGGGGGUUCCUGGUGCUGUCAAACCAGAACCAUCAGUGGGACCAGGUGGGCAGAUUCUUCAGUGAGGUGGAUGCCAACCUGAUGCUGGCACUCUACAAUAACUCCUUCUACACCCGCAAGGAGUCCUACGACUAUCAGGCGGCCUGUGCCCCCCUGCCCCCGGGCAACCUGGGUGCCGCACCCCGGGGCGUCUUUGUGGUCCAGGGACAGCAGUGGGAGCCCAUGCCACUCUCUCCACUGCAGCCCACCAUUGCAGACUUCCUUAACCUAGCCUGGUGGACCUCUGCUGCGGCUUGGUCUUUGUUCCAGCAACUUCUCUAUGGUCUCAUCUACCACAGCUGGUUCCAGGCAGACCCCGCAGAGGCCGAGGGGAACCCCGAGGUGCGCGAGAGCAGCUGCGUCAUGAAACAGACCCAGUACUACUUCGGUUCGGUGAACGCCUCCUACAACGCCAUCAUCGACUGCGGAAACUGCUCCAGGCUCUUCCACGCGCAGAGACUCACCAGCACCAAUCUUCUCUUCGUGGUGGCCGAGAAGCCGCUGUGCAGCCAGUGUGAGGCUGGCCGGCUGCUGCAGAAGGAGACACACUCGGACGGCCCGGAGCAGUGUGAACUGGUGCAGAGACCGCGAUACCGGAGAGGCCCACACAUCUGCUUCGACUACAACGCCACGGAAGAUACCUCAGACUGCGGCCGCGGAGCCUCUUUCCCACCGUCGUUGGGCGUCCUGGUGUCCCUGCAGCUGCUGCUCCUCCUGAGCCUGCCUCCCCGGCCGCAGCCUCAAGUCCACGCCCACCCUUCUCGCCGCCUCUGAGUGCCCCCUCCCCCCACCAGGCCUCCCCGCCGCUCCCCUGCUCCCUCGCCCCACACUUCCCGCCUUAGAGCCUCGCCCCCCUCCCACUGAAGGACCUGAGUGCGCCUCGCCCCGAGAAUCUGCGCCUUGGAGUGGGGGGGGGGGGGUCCCGAAGGAGGGCGCCGCGGGUCUUUGGCCCCCAAGCCACGUCUGGCUGCUGAACCGUCAGAGUGUCCCCAGACCCCUCAUUCCCACUGGACUCACCCACCCCGGAGGGCUGGGCCAGGGAGGCCACAGUACUGGUGCCAAACCAGGCCUCCACUGCCCGCCCUGCCCCGAGGCUCCCUUUGUGUGGGAGACCUAGGCCUUGCCCCAGCUGGACUCCUCUAACCUGGCCCUUCUGCCCCACCCAGGACUAAAUUUGGGAAUAAUGGAGGAAAUUGAGAUGGGCAGUUCGAGGCCUGUGCAUCCCAGCUUAAGUCCUGGCAGGAGAGAGGUCCUGGGGCAGCCCCCAAUGAGCUCCUGCCUCUCUCAGGCCUACAGCCUCCUCUCCCUCCCCAAGCCCGGCAGGUGGCAGGACAGUGACAGUGACACCGGCUAAGACUCAACCCCAUACACACCUGGAGCCCUGAGGGCAGAAACUGGACUCGGACAUACCCAGGAGGGCACACACACAAACACAGACGUGCACAGACACAC